AUGGUACACUCCAUGGAACACUCCAUGGAACACUCCAUGUCCCCUGUCCCCGACCCCCAGUCCCCUAACCCCAGCCCCCUGUCCCCGACCCCCAGCCCCCUGUCCCCGACCCCCAGUCCCCUACCUCCAGUUCCCUGUCCCCGACCCCCAGCCCCCUGUCCCCGACCCCCAGUCCCCUACCCCCAGCCCCCUGCCCCCUGUCCCCGACCCCUGACCCCCAGUCCCCUACCCCCAGCCCCCUGUCCCCGACCCCCAGCCCCCUGUCCCCAGUCUCCUACCCCCAGCCCCCAGUCCCCUACCCCCAGUCCCCUGUCCCCGACCCCCAGCCCCCUACCUCCAGUUCCCCAGUCCCCUACCCCCAGUCUCCUACCCCCUUGCCCCUACCCCCAGCCCCCUAUCCCCGACCCCCAGUCUCCUACCCCCUGUCCCCUACCCCCUGCCCCCUGUUCCCGACCCCCAGUCCCCCAGUCCCCUACCCCCAGCCCCCUGUCCCCGACCCCCAGUCUCCUACCCCUGUCCCCGACCCCCAGCCCCCAGUCCCCUACCCCCAGCCCCCUGUCCCCUGUCCCCGACCCCCGACCCCCGACCCCCAGUCCCCUACCCCCAGCCCCCAGUCCCCUACCCCCAGCCCCCAGCCCCCUGUCCCCGACCCCCAGCCCCCUGUCCCCGACCCCCAGUCCCCUACCUCCAGUUCCCCAGUCCCCUACCCCCAGUCUCCUACCCCCUGUCCCCUACCCCCAGCCCCCUGUCCCCGACCCCCAGUCCCCCAGCCCCCAGUCCCCUACACCCCCAGCCCCCGACCCCCAGCCCCCUGUCCCCGACCCCCAGUCCCCUACCCCCAGUUCCCCAGUCCCCCAGCCCCCUCCAGGCCGACCUCAUUGUCUGCAGUCUGUUCUUCAGACUGCUUCUCUUGGGUCUGAACAGGACAUCCGUAAAGUCCAGUUUGAGGUCUGUGUCAACACGAGGCAUGGUUCCUGA